AUGGCGCUGCAAGACCGGCAUAAUAUCGAUAUAUCUUCUACCCAAGAAACCCGAACUGCAUUGAUGCAAGCCACAAUCGUCGACGCCUUCGAAAAGGCCCAGCAAACCACCGAUUAUAAACGCCGCUGUCUCUCUACGGUUGCAACUCACCAUUUAGACCCCGCUGUUGUCGAACAACUAUACGUACGAUGGAUCACAACCUGUAGCGUCUCAUUCCGCAUGGCAACGCUGUCAGAAUUUAGGACCCUACUUUGCUACCUGAAUCCAGAGAUCGAUAACUGGCUGCCAAGCUCUCCCUCAACUAUACGCAGUUGGACCUUGCGGACAUACGAGACCCAGAAACUUCGAGUCAAACGCGAGAUCCAGUCAGCUCUCUCGAAAAUACACUUCACAGUUGAUCUCUGGACUUCACCUAAUACCCUUGCGAUUCUUGGCAUUGUUGCACACUACAUAUCCGAAUCUGGCCUGUUGGAAUACUCCGUUCUGGCUUUAAGAGAACUCGACGGCAAGCACUCGGGCCCAAAUAUGGCGGACUGUGUUAUGGAAAUUAUCAACGACCAUGGGAUUGCCUCGAAAGUGGGCUAUUUCAUGAUGGACAAUGCAGACAACAACGGCACAAUGAUGAAAGCUCUUUCUACGC